AUUCACAUACAUGAAGCAUACAUUGCUUUUAUGUUGAAAUGUUUUAUAUUAUUUUAUAACUCCACUCAUUGAAAUUCUUUGUUCAAAGUUGCCUCAGUGACAGGAACCGACCACUUGAGGCAGCAGUGAACCAGCCGGUGGUAUCCUGAGUUAAAAUCACUCAUUUUCUCUAUUGACUUUGGUGUGGGACAGUAAGUGGACCAGCAGCAGCAGCAGCAGUGUCUAUAAAUCACACCGAGAUUCUCUUUACACGCGGCACCGCCCACCUCUGCACCGCGGCUCUCUCUCUUUUUCUUUCCCUCUCUCUCUCUUUCUCUCCCUCUCUCUUCGGGACAUCCUAGUGUGCGCGUUCACAUACGUGUGCAUUGUCCUCGCACCCUUCGAUUGGUCAGUAACUCUUUCCUCCCAGCCUCCGAUCGCCCAAUCACGGAACGCGUCUCACGCGCCGCGUCGCUUUGCUUCAAUUCUGCCGCUGCUGCGCUUCUGCCGCUGCUGCGGUGCGUCGCUGCAUACCGACAGAGGGAGAGAGCAGAACGUGCUCAUCCUCUCCACAGCUUCGCUCCUUCUGAACGCAUUUGUUUCCCUCCUCCUCCAAGAACACUGUCUCAGUGUGUUCGUGGACGAUAAUCUGGAACAUCCGGCUGAAAAAAAAGAAUAAAAAUCUGGAAUGUUCGUCUGACACCGCCGCGGAGGGAAAACAGCAGGUUCUCACUCUACUGUUGUUUGUCUCAUUGUAUGAAGAAGAGUGGAUUCACUCAUGGUUCCUCUAGACGGACUCUGAUCUUCAUCCUCCUCCUCCUCCUCCUGCUGCUCCUGCCGUCCGUCCGUCCACGGUUUUCCGAUCUUUUCUCCAUCACCAACACGCCGCAGCGGUGCUGAUACACCAGGAGCACCGGAGCAGUUUUACCGGAGAACAUCCAGAACAUCACCGAUCAAACCUGGACCAGGAUGAAGCGGUUCCUCCUGCUGCUCCUCUCGGCUACUCUUCUCCUGCUUCUCCUCACCGCAGGGUCCAGUGUGAGUGGAGCAGAACUUGGACACCUGCCUGAUAACAUUACAGUGUUGGAAGGAGACAGCGUCACCCUGAGAUGCCGGAUCGAGGAAGAAGUGACUCACAGGGCGUGGCUGAACCGAUCCAACAUACUCUACACGGGGACAGACAAGUGGACGCUGGACAAUCGUGUGACUAUGGCCAACAACAACGACAGUGACUUCUCCAUCCACAUUGAGAAGGUGCGGGUAUAUGACGAGGGUCCCUACAUCUGCACCUUCCAGGCCAACAACCGGCCCCUGGUCACGCAGGUCUACCUCAUCGUACAAGAGCCUGAUCCUUUUUUUUCUGCCGUUUUCAGUUCCGCUCGAAUCGUCAACGUUUCCAGAAGCGUGUCAGUGAACGAAGGGGAAAAUGUGAACCUUUUCUGUCUGGCAGUCGGUCGACCUGAACCUACAGUCACCUGGAAGGAGCAGGAGUACGGUCUGAUGAGUGAAGGCGAGUUUCUGGACAUCACAGAAAUCAAACGGCAGCAGGCCAAGGACUACGAAUGCAUCACCAACAACGGAGUGGCUCCACCCGAUCAACACAAAGUCAAAGUUACUGUCAACUAUCCUCCAAUGAUCACAGACAUGAAGAAUAUGCCUGCACACCUGGGUAAGACCGCCAUCCUCCGCUGUGAAGCUAUGGCUGUUCCUCCAGCUGCCUUUGAGUGGUACAGAGAUGAGCACAGACUGGACAGUGACAACACACUGAGGAUCAAGAAUGAAAAAACCCGCUCGCUGCUGCUCUUCACCAAUGUCACAGAGAAACACUUUGGAAACUACACCUGCUCUGCCUCCAACCGCUUGGGAGCUUCCAAUGCCAGCAUGCUGCUUUUCAGACCAGGGGCCAUUCAAGGCCGAGGGACAGCUCUAACCUCAGGAGCCAGUGGCGCCAUCUGUCUUCUGCUUUCACUGUCCUGUGCUUUUUUUCUGCUGAAGGCAUAGAAACGAAAAAAAAGAAAAAAAGCAGAAAGCUGGAUCUGGAAUAUUCCUUGAAAAGUCUCCAAACUCCCGACCCUCACUUGACCCCUCCCAUCCCAGAAGGAAGAAAGAAAAUUAAAAUUUUUAAAUUUUAAACCCAUCACUGUGAACAUGAAGAAUAUAUGCAUUAAUGCAGAGCCAUCCAUUCAUCAGGAACAACAGGAACACAAAAACAAAAAGAAAGAAAAAAAAACACAGAAACAUCAGCACUCGUCCACUUAUCUUUAAUGUCUCCCUCCCUCUCUCUCUCUCUCUCUCUCUCCCUCUCGCCCUGAGGUCAGACGACUACAUCUUUUCUUCCAUGACAACGCGACAUUCCUCUGUCUGAUUGAACACUCAUAGAAUCACUGAUUGAUUCCUAAAGUCAAUAAUCAGCAGCAGCAGCAGCAGUGUGAUGUUGCUGGGAGAAAGUGGGCGGGGCCAUUAGCUACAGAACUUAGGCCUCAUUUAGCCCUCUUCAGCUGCACCAGCAGCUUGAAGAGCCUGUCUGAUCUGCUGGUGCAGCUGUAGCGGGCUAAAGGUGGGUUAGCAUGAGUUAGCACGUGUUAGCAUGGAUAGUUUACAAGACUCAAGAGUCAGAAAUCUUUGAUGAAAGUAAGAAUUCAUCUUAGAACUCCAGGCUCAUAGUUCUUGGUACUGUUUUACUAGAGAAUCUGUUUUAACCAACCUCAAAGUGCCAGUAACAGACUCGCCCUCUAGUGGCAACUGAGUGCAGUUGUUUCUUUCUUGUUGGGAACUGUUGUUAAAUUGGAAAGGUUUGCCUCUCUCUUCUGGCUUUGAAGAGAAAAUCGAUUUCUCAGUCAGUGCACUGAGAUAGGCAGCAGGUGGCAGCAUUUUUCAAAGCUUUUCCAAUGCAGAAAACCUUUUUUGUUUCUACUUCCUGUAAGUUUCUGUGGCAUUCUUAACUUUAAACACUGGAUGUGUAAAAAACUUUUAUGCAAGAUUUUAAGAUUAUUUUUUUAAUUUGUCUAUUUCUGUAUUUUUUAGUCAAAGUUGUGGUUUUACGACACAGCUGGACAGACGUCAGAGUUUGUCCCCAUGUUGUAAAUUGUCGUCUGACCUCAUCGUUACUUCCUUUUCCCCUCUCUCUCUGUUUCUAAGAGUUCAUGGUCUUUGCUCCGCCCAAAGUCUUGGGCUGCUGUUGUUGUUUCUGACAGUGAAGAUGAUUGAUUACUGUCAUGUGAUCAGGUGAGAGGACAGAUCAUUCAACAUGCGGACGAUCAAUCGAUUGUUGAUGGAAUUAAUAAUGACUGGACUGUGAUGUUUACUUGGAUUCACGUCAGAUCGUUGUCAAACUGAAAACAAGUGGAAAAGAAUUAACUCAUUUCUCGUGCACGCGCGCACGCACACACAUACAGUACAUACACACACGUGCACUGUGUUUGUAGUUCUAGCUGUGCAGCAGCUCAGCUGUUCUGAAUGAUGUCAAAUGCAUAAAAAAAAAAAAGUUGUGACUUCAUUUUCAGUUUUAAAGGGACAGUUCACACAGUGGUCCGGAGACAAUUAUGGUGUCAGUACUAGCUUCAGACACUGAUUUUCUCCAUGGACUUUGGUCUGUGAGCUAAAAUCACUGAUUUGUCUUUGUUGAACAUAAUCAGAUCUCACACGAGAAGUUGAACUUUCCCUUUAAAAAAAAACAUUUCUUUGGAUUCAGUUUUUUUUUCAUAUGAAUGUCGUCACAACUCUUUACUGUUUCUGUCACAAUAGACUAUCCCCAUUUCCUGUCGUUCUUACGUGUGACUCUCCUGUUGCCCGACCCCUACUGCAGUGUAAAUAUCUAUUCCAAAGCCAUUCCUCUCCGCACCCCUUGUUUCCCAUCAUGCCUUGCCUUGGCUGCAGCAGGACUCUGAAUCAGCAGAGACACUGAUCACCAGUGACCACAAAUGCAAACAAGACUUCAGGUCCCAAAGCUGCAGUGCUAUGGCGCCACCUUCUGUGUCACUUGUUGAUAGCAUGUCCCCAGUUUAAGAUGUUACUUCCUGUCGUGAAUCUGUCCCCUGGUCCCUCCCUCUGUCUCUGCACUGUGUCUGUUUUGCCCACUGCAAGUUUCCUGUUUCCACUUUUUGGUGUUAAUAAUAAAAAUAAUGAUAAUAAUUAUGAAAAAAAGAUGAUGAUGUUGAUGAGUAAGUAUUUGAAUAUGAACAAUGUGAGGAAAAAAAUCCUGAUGGUGUAAUGAAUGUGUUGAAAAACAAGCUUUUUUAUACUCUUGUCCUGGAAGUUAAAAACUACGGAGACCAGCAGGGGACGAGGAGGAAUCAAAUCAUCUUUACCAAAAGUUUUCAUCUCCAUAAAUACAUAUGUUUGUGUUACAGUUCAGGUCUGAGUCCAUAAUGAUUAGGUUUUAGUUCUUAUUAAAAAUAUAUAUAUAUUUAGGUUGCCUUUAAGCCAUCUGGAAAAUGAUGUUAACUUUUGGUUCUCUCUCUGUGUGAGUAUUAACAGCUGUAAACCAGAGGACAGGUCAGACAAGAGUCAGGUUCAUGUUUGGAGGAAAUGAUGAAAUUUACAAAACUCUCAGUUUUGUAAGUUUCACUUUUUUUUACAAAUACAAUUUUUUUAGUCCUUCCACACUCUUUUAGGUUUGAGUGUGUGCUUUUUGUGAAGGCAUGUUGGUCCUUCUAUAAUGAUCAUGACUUAGAACUUUUUAUUACAUUUUUUAAAAACACCACUUUCAGUAUGAACUUGUUAUAAAGCACACAGUAGAUUCUUGGAUUUAUUUAUUUUUAUCCAGGGAAAUUACUGGGUUUUUUUUCCUUCUUGUCUCCUCUGGGCUUCCACACAAACACAGACAUCAAACGUUUUUAAAAUGAAAGUGAAAAAUGUGAACUUAUCGGGGUUUUUUUCUCUAUUUAACCACAACAAGCUUUUUAAAAUCUUUUUUUUAAUUUGACUCCAGAUUCAGUCUGAUCAUCAUUUGUUCAAACGUAUAUGUUUGUAGACAGUUUCAGUCGCUCUCUCUCUCUCUCUCUGUCACACACACAAGUAAACACACCGACUCUCAGCAGAUUUUUCUUCUAUCAAUGUGUGUGUAAUUGUUUGUUUCCGUCUCUGGAACAAUCUGGAUCUGUCUCUCUCUGUCCUGGUUUCCCACCACAGAGAGGUCAAGAUGAAAUUAGCUACUGUAUAGGUAUUGGCAAAUGGUUAAGAAAAGUCUUCUUCAAAGACGAGCACAAACUGUUGAAGGAAAUUCCGUGCCCCCCCGCCCACUUUCUCUCUUCUCCCCCACACACAGAGACACGUACGUUUAUGCAAAUGUCUCAUCAAGAGUUUGCACAGAAAGAAGAGAGUGCAUGUGACAGUGCCGAGUCCUGUGACCUACUCCACUGUCUGAAUGUGUCUUUGUUUUGAUAUUUUUUUGUUUGCAAACCAGCAAUAAUCCCUUGACUUUACUGUGCUACAGGUAUGAGACUCUGUUCCUGGAUCAAAGACUAGGGGAUAGAACCAAAAACAAAGUGGUUCCAGUUAGAACUAGCUGUGCUGUACGGGGCCCCAUGCUGCUCAAAGCAGCCUCAUACACAGAAGGAGGAGUUUCAGUGAAAACAUGGCUGCCAACAAGUAAACUUUAAAAAAAAAAAA